CCAAGCUGGAGGUCAGAAACAAUACAUCAUUUGCUUUUAGUAAUAAAGCCGUGGGUGUCAUGGCAUGACAUCAUCGGGAGGGAGAGGAGAGGAGAGAUUAAAGUGAGGAGGGAGCUACAACCAGGUGACUGAGUGCCAAGGCUCGACAACGUGGAGGACCAGAAAGGAGACGAGGAGCACAGGGUGGGUAAGGAGGAAGCGCAGAGAGGCGUGAAAAGUCCAGGCGAACGUGGCGGCACGGAGCCGAAGGGGAGGACUGGAUCGGAAGCUGAGUGUGGUCUUCAGUGCUGGGUGCUACUGGCAGUCGAGGAAGAUGACAUCCUAGACGUGUUCAUUGGCUUGUAGCAACAUCUGGACUUACUUUGACCCAAAAUGGCAUCUUCCUUGUAUGGGGCUCUCUUCCUUGUUGGCCUCUGUGCUCCAAUCUACUGUGCGCCCCCAGCCAAGGUCGCCAGCGGAGGACCCCCCCACCCUUCCUCCAUAAAGCGCAGCCUCAGCUCCCAGGUGUCUUCCCCCAACGCUGACUUUGCCUUCCGCCUGUACCGGAGGCUGGUUUUGGAGGCCCCGGGUCGGAACAUCUUCUUCUCCCCCAUGAGUGUCUCCGCUUCCCUGGCCAUGCUCUCCCUUGGGGCCCGCUCAGCCACCAAGGCCCAGAUCCUGCAGGGCCUGGGCUUCAACCUCACGUGCACGCCGGAGCCCGCCAUCCACCGCGGCUUCCAGAACCUGGUCCGCUCGCUCACUGUCCCCGGCAAAGGCCUGAGCUUGCAGAUGGGCAGUGUCCUCUUCGUCAAGAGGGAGCUGCAGCUGCAGCCAAGUUUCCUAGACGACGUCAACAGGCUGUACGAGGCGAAAGUCUUUUCUACAGAUUUCUCCAACACCGCCACUGCCCAGGCGAGGAUCAACAGCUACGUGGAGAAGGAGACCAGAGGGAAGGUCGUGGACUUAAUCCAAAGCCUUGACCCUCUGACAGCCAUGGUGCUGGUCAACCACAUUUUCUUUAAAGCCAAGUGGGAGAAGCCCUUUAACCCUGCGGAUACGAAGAAGAGCUUUCCAUUCCUGGUGGGCAAGGGAGCCACAGUGCACGUCCCCAUGAUGCACCAGAUGGAGGAGUUGGCUUUUGGGGUGGAUCCAGAGCUGAACUGCUUUGUGCUGCAGAUGAACUACAGGGGAGACGCCGUGGCCUUCUUUGUGCUCCCCAGCAAGGGCAAGAUGAGGCAGCUGGAACAGGCCUUGUCAGCCAGGACGCUGAGAAAGUGGAGCCACUUACUGCAGAAGAGGUGGAUAGAGGUGUCCAUCCCCAAAUUUUCCAUAUCUGCCUCCUAUGAUCUAGAAACCAUCCUCCCGAAGAUGGGCUUCUGCAAUGCCUUUGACAAAAGUGCUGACUUUUCUGGAAUUGCAAAGAGAGACUCCCUGCAGGUUUCUAAAGCCACCCACAAGGCUGUGCUGGAUGUCAGCGAAGAGGGUACUGAGGCCGUAGCAGCUAGUGCCACCAAGCUCGUAGUCCGGUCGAAGGAUGGCCCCUCUCACCACACCGUCUCUUUCAAUAGGACCUUCCUGAUGGUGAUUAUGAAUGAAGCCACAGAGAGUAUUCUCUUUCUAGGGAAAGUUGAAAACCCUACUAAGUCCUAGGUGGCAAAUGGCCUGUUGACUGACUGCACAUUGCUAACACACAGGGAAUAGCACACCACGGGCCUCUCCUUAUUCUGAGGGUCCUCCUGACUCCAGCAGAGUUGGAAGGUUCAACAUGGAACCGUCAGCAGAGACCCCAGUCACAAGCCAAGGCCCAUUAACGCCAGUCGGUGCCCCUUUCCUCAAACUCUCCCAGGUCUCUGGCUUCAUGGAAUAUUGCUGGGCUCGCGUAUUGCCAUUCCUUGAAACUCCUGGGACUGUUAACAUAUAGGUCAGGUACCUUUCUUGCAGAAUUACAGCAAUAAAGUCAAUAAAACUACAAUGUGAAUUCAGCUAGCAACAGGGCUCCCACGUACCUACAGGGUCUUAAUCCGAACAUGAUUUAUUGGCAAACUCAAAGUGGCUGGGUUGUCACCCAGUGACAUUUCAGCGGCUGCAUGAAUUUGUUCAAUGAAAACUUAUUGAGCACCUAAUAUGUGCGGGGAGUGAAUUAAGUGGACAUGAUCCCUGGCCUGUUGGGGCUAACUGGGGACACGGACCACCCAGCAACAACAAUAAACCAAACUUUCAAAUCCACGUGGUUGUGACAGAUUGGGAUAAGUGCCAGGGGAGCACCUGGUGAGACGGUUGAAAGAGAGAGAGGAAGGGGGAAAGCGAGGCUUUCAUGGGUGUGGAGCCGUGAGUCAGGCAUGAGCGGGUGUGUUGGAGGGACAGAGGGAGGCCCUUGUGGCUGGAGCUUCGCCGUCACAGAUGGAAGAAAAGAGGUGGAAACAAGGACACGGGUACAGGGAGCUCAGGUGGGGUGGGGCAUUCUUGGCCAAGGAGGGCAGUCUGAGUUUGGCGGGGAGCACCAGAAAACCCAUUGACAACUGCUGACAUAUGGGCCGCGACAGUCUCC